UUACCUUGUUUCUUAAUACUGCCAAGUUUUUGAACUGCAAUUGCUUAUGUUGUUUCUAAUGACCAGCAAUUUACUAAACUCCUAAAUACACAUGGUUUAUUUACUUUAUUUAAAUUUCUUUAAGGCUAAAACAAUUAUUCUAAGCAAAUAGAUUAAUAAAAAGCACACAUGUAAUUGAUCUGGGAAUUCAAAGAAUAGAUAAGAAGGUAAAACAUUUGCAUUUUUCAUGAAAAGGAAAUCAGAAGCAUGUUUAACUGUGAACCAAAACCCAUCUAGGAAUGCUGUUGGGCGAUUGCUACCAUGUUAUGCUUUCUAGUUUGAACUCAGGAAUCCUGACAAGCAACACAGUCACCAUGACGAAGCCUUACACUCUGAUUUCCAGUAUCUAUAGCUGGUACAGGAAGAACAUUGAGUACUUUCAGUGUGACUGACUUCAACUCGGACUGUCUGUUUCUGUAAUGGCACAAAUUCACAAAAUGGCAGCCGCAAUCCGAAUCUUAUUUAAAAAAAUGAUAAAUGUUUAAAAAAUUUCUUUGUUUAUUUCUUAGUUAUUACUAAGCAAUAACAUUGACAUUUGUAAUUGUAUUUGUAUUUGUAAUUGUAUUUGUAAUUGACAUUUGGCUGUUAAAGUGGAGAGUUUUCUUCUGCUCUAUUUUAAAGAAACUUAGGUGAAAGAUGAAAGCAAUGUCCACUGGUUGAUGAGGUUAAACAAAAUACUCUGGUAAUUAUCAGGGAAAUAUUUGAACUGAGACAUUCUGCACCCCCAGUCCCUCCUCCUACAACUGGCUAUUCCAUAUCGUUGUGGAAAGCCAAUGCUACUGUAACCGCAGCCGGAGAUAAUUUACACCAUGUUCGAAUGCAAGUGUGUAACAGAGUGCGUGUGUGGGGGUGCACAUGCUGAUGAGAGGAUGUGUGCAUGUGUGCGAGGGAACAUCCAGAGCACUCCUGGUAAUGCUGAGACUCCCUGUGAGCGGCUGGGUUUAUUUUUGGGUUAGUGACAGUGUGUCAAUGGCUGCAGAUGCGUCGGACAGGAAGGCUCUGAGGUACAAGCAAACGCUGCUCUAUGGAGAGUACCAGGAGAACCAGGGUGGCUCGGGCAGACGGGAGGCCACACGCCUGCUGACGGAGAGGCAGAUCAAGAAACAUGGAAAUCAUCAUCAUCACAGCCUUGAGAGGACACAACACACAACACAUGGUCGCCAUAGUCACGGCUACCAACAUGGCAAUCAUAGCAGGCAAAAAACAAGGUUUCAGCCCAACAUGGAAAGUGAGACUACAGAUGAGCAAAUGGCUGAUAACGAAUUUACCUCCAUGAGGAAAAUGCGAUCCUACUCUAAGUGCAGAGACUGCAUAGCACGGGUGCAGUGGUUUCUUGUGACGAGGCUGGGAGAAGACUGGAUCUUCCUGGUCCUACUGGGAAUCACGAUGGCUCUGGUCAGCUGGACCAUGGACUAUGCUAGUGCAAAAAGCCUGCAAGCGUAUAAAUGGAUUUAUAGGGAACUGAAGGGAAACAUCCCCCUGCAGUACCUGGCCUGGGUUUCCUAUCCCCUGAUGUUUAUCCUCUUCUCCUCCCUUUUCUGUCACCUGGUUUCUCCUCAAGCUAUUGGUUCUGGUAUCCCUGAGUUGAAGACCAUUCUGAGAGGGGUUGUUCUUAAGGAAUAUUUGACUCUGAAGGCUUUUAUUGCAAAAGUCAUCGGCCUGACUGCAGCUCUGGGCAGUGGGAUGCCCGUAGGAAAAGAGGGUCCUUUUGUACACAUCGCAAGCAUCUGUGCAGCAGUUCUCAGUCGUUUCAUGUCCUUCUUUUCAGGAGUGUAUCAGAAUCCCUACUGCUAUACAGACAUCCUGACAGUGGGCUGUGCUGUUGGGGUGGGCUGCUGCUUUGGUACUCCACUUGGAGGUGUGCUCUUUAGCAUUGAGGUAACAUCCACAUACUUUGCUGUGAGAAACUACUGGAGAGGAUACUUUGCUGCUACAUUUAGUGCCUUCAUCUUUAGAGUGCUAUCUGUGUUUAACAAGGAUGCAGUGACCAUCACUGCUCUGUUCAGGACAAACUUCCGUAUGGAUUUCCCCUUUGAUCUUCAGGAACUUCCUGCAUUCGCAAUCAUUGGAAUUGCCUGUGGAUUUCUUGGGGCGUUUUUUGUCUAUCUGAACAGACAGGUGGUGCUGUUCAUGAGACGACCAAAUGCAAUGACCAGCUUCCUGAUUAAACAUCGACUCAUCUUUCCAGCUACUGUUACACUGGUCAUUGCCACCUUGACCUUCCCACCAGGGUUUGGACAGUUUAUGGCUGGAGAGCUAAUGCCCAGGGAGUGCAUCAACUCUUUGUUUGAUAACUUUACAUGGACGAAGAUUUCGGGAUCUCCCUCUCCAGCUGGUCUGGGCCGGUCUGCUGCUUGGCUGCACCCUGACGUUAGCGUCUUUAUUAUUCUGCUGCUCUUCUUCAUCAUGAAGUUCUGGAUGUCUGCAGUGGCCACCACCAUGCCCAUUCCAUCUGGGGCCUUCAUGCCUGUCUUCAUACUCGGAGCUGCAUUUGGCAGGCUGGUUGGGGAAAUCAUGGCAACCCUGUUUCCUCAUGGGAUUGUGUUUGAUGGCAUUCUGUACCGCAUCAUUCCAGGGGGUUACGCAGUCAUCGGUGCAGCAGCAUUGACCGGAGCUGUGACUCAUACUGUGUCUACGGCCGUUAUCUGCUUUGAGCUGACAGGACAGAUUUCCCACAUACUCCCCAUGAUGGUGGCUGUAAUCUUAGCCAACAUGGUGGCCCAGGGCCUGCAACCUUCCCUGUAUGACUCUAUCAUCCAGGUCAAGAAACUACCAUACCUGCCAGAGCUUGGCUUUGGACACAUGAGCCAAUACAACAUCUUUGUAGAGGACAUUAUGGUUAGAAAGGUGAAGUUCAUAUCCUCCCAGUCUACAUACAGAGAAGUCAAACACCUGUUGGACUCCUUCUCACUGAAAACUAUCCCUUUGGUUGACUCUAAAGAUUCUAUGAUCCUCUUGGGCAGCAUUGACCGUGUGGAGCUUCUAGCGCUCUGUGAUUGGUGGUUGUCCCCAGAAAGAAGACUUCUGAUGGAGGGUCCGAGCCUACAGGAGAAGAAUCCGUGUCCAAAAAGCAGUUGGGAGUCAUUCGCCUUUGUAGAUGAUGAAGAAGAUGAAGAAAGAGACAAGGGCAGCCCUCUUCAGGAGGAAAGAAACGGUCCUGUACCCCCUCCGAAACCUCAGGACCCCUCCUCCAACCACACUGCACCUGCAACUGAAAAAGGUCCCCUGCAGUCGAUGAGGAGAACGCUCAGAAAUCUCUUCACCUCUAAAAGCAGACAGUCAGAGAAGGAACUGCAGGAGCCCUGCCCUCCUCCUCUAUCAGACACUAUGACUUCAGACGAGAUCAAAGCGUGGGAAGAGGCAGAGAUGGAUAAGCCGAUGGAAAUCGAUGAGAUACGAAUUGACCCUUCACCUUUCCAGCUGGUGGAGAGAACUUCAUUGCACAAGACUCACACAUUAUUCUCCCUGCUUGGACUAAGUCAUGCUUAUGUGACCAGCAUUGGAAAACUUGUGGGGGUGGUGGCUUUAAAAGAGCUCCAGAAGGCCAUCGAAGGCUCCACGCGCUCCGGUGUCCGGCUCCGGCCCCCUUUGGCCAGCUUUCGUGACAUCAGCAAACACAAAUCUGUCCCUAAACCUCCACCCUCUUCUUCUAGUCCUUCUUCAUCUCCCAUUUCAACCUCUCCACCGUUGUCUGAAAUUAUCCCAGAGCCUCCCCUCUCUUUAACCCCUGACCACAACCAACACCAUAAUAAUAAUCAUCAUAAUCACCACGAGCAUGAAACAGAGGUAUGGAUUGAGGGUGUAUCGAGGGAUGUAGAGGAGUGUAGCAAUAGCAUCCGCUGCAGCAGCACUUCAACAAGUAGAAGUUGCAGCUACAACAGCAACUUCACCCUCCCUCCACCUUCCACUCUUCCUCCUGCUCCUCCUUCCACAACCCCUCCUUCAUCUCCUUCUUCCUCCAUCUCUCUCUCCACCCUGAGACUUUCACAGAGACUCCUUCAGGUGGUAGAAGACAGUGAUAAUGAGCCAAUGGUUUAGCUUACAAACAAAGAAUAUUUUUUUAUACCGGAAAUUUGUAUUUAAAGAUAUUUUCUUUUCCAUUCUUAACUUAUCGUUCUGGUAUUUGGGCACUUUAUGUACCUCUCUUUAUCACACCGCUACAAAUUCUUUGUAGUUUAGAGAUGUAAUUCUCGUUAGUCAUCUAAUUCUCCAGCAAAACCGUCGCCAUCACUUCUAAACACAUUGCAGUGGAGUUGUACCUCAGGGAUCAAUCCUUUCCCCCUUUUACUUUCAAUUUACAUACCUCCUUUACACCAGCUUAACCAGAACUUACAGAAUAUUGCAUUGGUUGAAAAUAGGAAAUGAAACUUAAAAUUUUGUUUAUGAUUGUUUUAGAGCCAAAGCAGCAUAGAGAAUUUUGACAAAACGUUCACAAUAAUCUGCUUGUUGGAAAUGUUUUGAUUUUCAUCAAGAAUUCCAUAGAAAACAAGAAACAAUAAGUAAAUGCAUCCCAUGCUGCUUUCCGAUUUUUAUUAGUUAAUUUGAUUAUUUCUGUUUAAUAACUGUUUCCCAACCAAACUCAGUCUGCAUUUUUUAUCUAUUUAUUUUGACCAACUCUGUUGAAAAAUAAGCAAAAUAUUGCCUAGCAAUGUCUGCCGGGGCUCCAGAGAAAGGUUCCUGUACUGCCAUAUUACCUGAUUGUUCAUGUCUUACUUUUUAAAAUGAUAUCAGAGCAGGUGAAGCUAAUUUGGCACUAACCCUUUGGAUCGCAGCGCAGUAAUGAAGCUGCUCAGUCCACCAUGGAAGACUGGCCAAAGCCCCACAACGACCUCUGUGCUGACCUUGUGGAAGCAGCCUCAGAGCUCAUUUCUCCAUGGCUAAGUUGACAAAUGAAGCAGCUAAAGGCGACUGACAACACCAAACCCUCUCUAACAAAGAUUCCUUUUGGGUUUUUUUACAAAGCCACGUCCCAGAAUGACUCACAGCUUCUUUGAAUAAUUUACCGGAGAAUAUUUAUGAGAAUCAAAUCGGACAGAACAAAUACCAAUCUACAGCAUCCUCAGCAAAAUGAUGGUUAGUAUCUAUGACAGUAAAUGACAGCUGACAGUUUGUUGUAUAACAUCUACACAUGAUAGAGAUUCAGACAAAUGCUGACAGAUGGGAAUCUUAUAAAUUAGUAUUUAAAUUUAAUUUAAAUAUUUAAAGGAGGAACAGUCAGUAUGACUUAAUUCAGGGGCUGGAAGUUAAGGGCUCGCACAGAAAUGUGUCUUGCAUCAGGAAUAGAAGGUUUUAUUGCAUGUCUCCUCUCAAAUGCUGAUAUGUAUUUGAAAUCUGCAGUUUUCUGUUACUGAAAGACUGUUGAUCUGGAAAUUAGAAGCUGGGUGCAUGUUCUAACUCAAGUUAGCACCUUAGAGGACUCCUUAAUAGAGUAAAGUCAUUUCAUUCAUAGAUAAUGUUAUAAAAAGCAUGUGAAAAGAAAACUUACACAUCAAACCACACUGCAGCUUAAGUAAAAUUGCUAACUAAUGCAAUUUUUACUGAAAUACAUGCAUUUCAGUACAGAAAUGCAUCUGUCCUUAUGAUGCACCAUUUCCAGAUUUCAUCUUAUACACUUGCACUAUUAAGUUCUCUUAACCCAAAGUUAGUCCUCGGGUGCUGUUUUAAGUCUUUAAAUUUAUCUCUUUUUUUUUUAAAUAGCUUUUUAUGUUCAAAUAAAACAUGUAUCUGGAUCUUAAACAGGUGUUCAGUCUCUAUAAGUCUUGUAUCAUCUGUUUAUCUGGGGUAAUAAUAUUUAUUUACCAACUUAUUUAUUUUUUGGUGUUUCUGUAGAUCCAAAUGUUUUCCAGAUGUUCAUAUAACUGCAAAAUGGUAGAAUAAUAAAGCUUUAUUUGAAUGUAGAUUUUGAAUUUAUUUUGCCUUCACUGAAUGUUAACUUUUAAUUGCCUGCACCUAAGUUCUUGUAUGUAUAAAAUAUCCUGACUAAAACAU